AUGGGGGAGCAGCAGAGCUCGCUGAGUGCCCCGCGGGCCGUCGCCACCGCCGCUCCACCGAGCCCGGCCGGGGCCCCGCGGGAGCCCGGCCCAGACGAGCCGCCUCCGCUGAGAGAGGCAGCUCCGCGCAGUGAGGCGGCCGGACCGGGGCGAAGCGAUGGGGAGCCGCCACCGCCGGCCGCUGCCAGUCCCGAGCGACGAGGGGCCGAAGAGGAGGAGGAGGCGGCGGGCGGGCCGGAGCAGCAGUCGGCUGCGGAGGAACCAGCGGCCCUGGCGGAGGAGGGGCCGGGGCUGGAGGGAGGCAACGGCCGCCGCCGCCCCCCCCGGCGGCACGUGUACUGCACCGUCUAUUGCGUGGAGAACGACCGGCCGGCCGAGGCCCCCGCCUCCCCCAGCGGCGGCGGCCCAGCCACGGGGCAGCCUCCGGCGCGGCGCGGGGUGCCGGCGGGCAGCGACCCGCUAUCGGCGGGCGGCAGCAUCGAGGUGGUGGACUUGUACCUCCUGCCCGAGCCCUUCUCCGGGCUGAUCGCAGGGGAGUUCGGGCCGCUGCUGGUGCUGAGCUGCCGCGUGUGCCUGGAGGAGAAGCCCAUCAAGCCCCUGUCCUGCUGCAAGAAGGCGGUGUGUGAGGAGUGCCUCAAGCGGUACCUCAGCUCCCAGGUGCAGCUGGGACAAGCGGAUAUAAAAUGCCCGAUCACAGAGUGCAGCGAACACCUGGACGAAACAACUGUCCUCUAUAACCUGCCCCACGACGACAUCAUCAAGUAUAAAUAUUUCCUGGAACUCAGCCGCAUUGACUCCAGCACCAAGCCAUGCCCUCAGUGCAAGCACUUUACAACUUUCCGGAGGAGAGGCCACAUUCCUACCCCUGCCAAAUUGGAGAACAAAUACAAAAUCCAGUGUCCAUCUUGCCAAUUUGUCUGGUGUUUCAAGUGCCACUCUCCCUGGCAUGAAGGUGUUAACUGCAAAGAAUACAAGAAGGGAGACAAGCUGUUGCGUCACUGGGCCAAUGAAAUUGAGCACGGGCAGAGGAAUGCCCAGAAGUGUCCAAAAUGCAAGAUCCACAUCCAGAGAACAGAAGGGUGUGACCACAUGACCUGCUCCCAGUGUAACACUAAUUUCUGUUACCGCUGUGGGGAGAGGUACCGCCAGCUCCGCUUCUUUGGAGAUCACACCUCAAACCUCAGUAUCUUUGGAUGCAAAUACCGCUACCUCCCCGAGAGACCACACCUAAGGAGAUUAGUGCGAGGCUCUGUCUGUGCUGGAAAAUUACUCAUCACACCCCUAAUACUGGUUCUGGGACUGGCACUGGGAGCCAUAGCUGUUGUAAUAGGUUUAUUUGUGUUUCCUAUCUAUUGCCUUUGUAAAAAGCAGAGGAAAAGGUCACGGACAGGUAUGCGCUGGUAA